AUGUCAGUUUCAUGGAUAUCAGUACCAUAAAAACCACUUAAAAAGGGAUUAAUGAUUCCUUUAAAAAUGACUUGCCCUAGUAAUUGUGUCUGUUCAUCGAAAGUAUUUAGAAUUUGGUACCAUAUGAAAUGUGGCUCACCUCAGUUCCUCACUCAAAAUGGUGAUGUAAUCUGUAACUGCACUGAAGAAUUCAUUAAGGAUGUCCCCUUUUAAUGCGAGUAGGCAAAAAAAUCUUAAACUUUUUAUAAGAUAAAAUCCAUUUCUCACUUCUUAAUGAGUUUAAGUUAAUCAUUUACAGCGGCCGAAAAUACUCUUUCAUAUAAUGAUCUCUAACAGUUUAUUUCAAAUUUAUAGAGUAACUUAAAGGAAAGAUGGUAUAGUUGA